CCCUCUCCUCUGGACUGUCCGUCAGCCACUCUGUCUCCAGCAGCCUCCGGGCACCCUGUCUUCUGCACAGCCUCGGGGGCUGACCACGCCAACCCCCUGGGGCACGCGGCUGCAGACAUGGGCACCUUUCUGUGGCUGCUCCUCCUCCUGCUGCUCCGGGAAGCCAGAGGGGAUUCCGGAGACAGGGUGGACCCCGUGAAAGUGGUUGCGGUCCUUCAGGAGUCCAUCAGCCUCCCCCUGGAAAUACCGUCUGACGAAGAGGUUGAGAACAUCGUCUGGUCCUCCCACCUGAGGCUUGCCACUGUGGUGCCAGGGAAAGAGGCAGGUCCAGCUACCGUCAUGGUGACCAACCCUCGCUACCAGGGCCGUGUGAGCUUCCUGGAGCCUGGCUACUCCUUGUGCAUCAGCAAUCUGAGCUGGGAGGACUCGGGCCUGUACCAAGCUCAAGUCAACCUGAGGACAUCCCAGAUGUCCAUCAUGCAGCAAUACAACCUCCUCGUCUACCGCCGGCUGUCGGAGCCUCACGUCACUGUGAACUUUGAGAUCUCCGGGGUCAGUGCCUGUAAUGUGUCCCUGACAUGCUCUGUGGAGAGGGCAGGCCUGGACGUGACCUACAGCUGGAUAUCCUGGGAGCACAGUGAAGACACAGCCCACGAAGGCCCCGUCCUCAGCGCAUCCUGGAGGCCCGGGGACAGCGCCCUCUCCUAUGCCUGCAAGGCCAGCAACCCCCUUGGCAGUGUCAGUUCCCGGCUCAUCCGUGCGGGGCUCUUCUGUGCAGGCCCUGGCUAUCCUGCGGAGAAGGCCUCCUUCUGCGUCCUGGCCAAGGCACUGCUCCUCCUCUUGCUCUUGGGGAUUCUGGCUGCGGGGCUCUGGCUCAUCCGAGCCCAGAAAAGAUGCAAAAUGCCACAGAUGAGGGAACUCAAGAGAAGCAGAAUGAGACUGACAAAGAGGGGCAAGCCCGGCCCCAGGCUGGCCUGACUGGGCCUGGGGAGCCUGCCCUGAGCACUGCUCCUUUCCAGCCUCCAGAGGGGUCCUUCCUCUUCUCCCCCAGGGGACUGAGGGGCGGGGCCCCCUCUCCCAGGGAAGACUGCCCAGUAAUAAAGUCAAAUUAGGUGACUGUCCUUCUGGAGGGGCUGUGUUGGUCUCUCUCGGGGUGAUACGGGUAAAA